CUCCCGCCCCAGCAGCCCGUGCCAUUUUGUGUUUAGCAGGAACAAAAAACUGGAGGAGAAACGGGUCCAGAUGGAGGAUGGGGUGCUGGGUUUAAGUCCGAUUUAGGAGUGUGUUUUAAUGGUUCGGUGGGCCAAUAUGUUCGGAAGUGUACCUUUGCAGGGAAACAUCAGCCACACCCCGCGGAGCUGCUAAUGUUACCGUUAGCCUGUAAGCUAACGAGGCUAAGCUAUUAGCUCAGGAACGGCGCAGAAGAGAGCCGUUGGAGACCCGGAAACCCUCCCAUUGUCGCCUGGAAGCCGGUGCUGAACUCCAGCAUCUCUACAGAAUCCAGAAGGACCUGGUCGGACAUGAACCAGAAGUUCUGCUGAGAGGAGACCCAGGAUAUGAGGAUCGAGGCUCGCUGUUAUCGCUCCUGCUAACCGUUCAUUUUUCGGUCCUGAGAGGAACCACAAUAAGCUGCGCCCUGGCCAUGCCCUCGAAUGCACGGGCGGGCAAUCUGAAGGACCCGGAUGUGGCGGAGCUGUUCUGCAAAGAUGAUCCAGAGAAGCUGUUUGCGGAUCUCCGAGAGAUCGGCCAUGGCAGCUUUGGAGCUGUGUAUUUUGCCCGAGACGUGCGCAAUAAUGAGGUGGUGGCCAUUAAGAAGAUGUCGUACAGCGGCAAACAGACCAAUGAGAAAUGGCAGGACAUCAUUAAAGAAGUGAAGUUCCUGCAGAAACUUCGCCACCCCAACACUAUCGAGUAUCUGGGCUGUUACCUGAAAGAACACACAGCAUGGCUGGUGAUGGAGUACUGCCUCGGCUCGGCCUCGGAUCUCCUCGAAGUUCACAAGAAGCCCCUCCAGGAGGUGGAAAUAGCUGCUAUCACCCAUGGUGCUCUGCAGGGCUUAGCAUAUCUACACUCUCACAACAUGAUUCACAGAGACGUAAAGGCGGGGAACAUCCUGCUGACGGAGCCAGGUCAGGUGAAACUGGGCGACUUCGGCUCUGCCUCCAUCGUGUCUCCGGCCAACUCCUUUGUAGGAACACCGUACUGGAUGGCUCCUGAGGUGAUUUUAGCCAUGGAUGAAGGUCAGUACGAUGGGAAGGUGGACGUCUGGUCGCUGGGAAUCACCUGCAUAGAGCUCGCUGAGAGGAAGCCGCCGCUGUUCAACAUGAACGCUAUGAGUGCCUUAUAUCAGAUCGCUCAGAAUGAAAGCCCCAUCCUGCAGUCCAACCACUGGUCUGAUUCCUUCCGCAGCUUCGUUGACUCGUGUCUGCAGAAGAUCCCCCAGGACCGGCCCACGUCGGACGUCCUGCUAAAUCAUCGUUUCCUGUGCCGCGAGCGUCCACUGACGGUAAUCAUGGAUCUGAUCGCUCGGACCAAGGAUGCCGUAAGGGAACUGGACAACCUGCAGUACCGCAAGAUGAAGAAGAUCCUCUUUCAGGAAACGCAGCAGAAUGGUCCCGUGUCCGAGGGAGGCGAGGAUGAAGAGGAGGUGGAGCAGUACCUGCUGCAGACCGGUACCGUUAACAGCAUGGAGAGCUCCCAGUCCGUACCCAGUAUGUCCAUCUCGGCCAGUUCCCAGAGCAGCUCGGUCAACAGCCUGGCCGACGGUUCUGAUGACAGCAGCAGUGAGAUGGCCAUCAUGCAGGAGGGGGAGAACACGGUGACGUCCAACAGCUCCAUCAUCCACCGCCCCACAGGUCAGGACAACAUCUACGACGAUCCGUAUCAGCCAGAGAUGGAUCAGCCCCAGGCCCCCUCCGCCGGGCGCCGUCGAGCCUUCUACCGUAACCGGGACCACUUCGCCACCAUCCGCACCGCCUCUUUGGUGACCCGUCAGAUCCAGGAACACGAGCAGGGCUCGGCGCUCCGGGAUCAGAUGUCCGGCUACAAACGGAUGAGGCAGCUGCACCAGAAACAGCUAAUGGGCCUGGAGAACAAGCUGAAGGCAGAGAUGGACGAGCAUCAGCUGAAGCUGGACAAGGAGCUGGAGAGCCAGAGGACCAACUUCUCUGCAGAGUUGGACAAGCUGGCCCGGAAGAACCAGGCCAUCCUGGAGAAAGAGAUUAAAGCAGCUCUGGCAGAGGAGAAGAAGUUCCAGCAACAGAUCCUGGGCCAGCAGAAGAAGGAGCUCAACUGUUUACUGGACUCCCAGAAGCGUCAGUAUCGUCACCGCAAGGAGCUGCUUAAAGAGGAACUCAGCGAGAACCAGUCGACCCCCAAGAGAGAGAAGCAGGAGUGGUUGAUCCAUCAGAAGGAGUGCAUGCAGCAGAUGAUGGCGGAGGAGGAGGCCAACCUGCUGCGGAGGCAGAGGCAGUACUACGACCUGCAGUGUCGUCAGUACAAGAGGAAGAUGCUGCUGGCCCGACACAACCUGGAGCAGGACCUGCUCCGAGAGGAGCUGAACAAGAAGCAGAUCCAGAAGGACCUGGAAUGUGCCAUGCUGCUCCGACACCACGAGUCCACCCAGGAGCUGGAGUUCCGGCAGCUCAGCACGGUCCAGAGAACUCGAGCCGAGCUGAUCCGGACACAGCACCAGACUGAGCUCACCAACCAGAUGGAGUACAACAAGCGGCGUGAAGAAGAGCUCCGACAGAAACACACCGUGGAGGUCCGGCAGCAGCCCAAGAGCCUCAAGUCCAAAGAGGGGCAGAUAAAAAGGCAGUUCCAGGAGACCUGCAAGAUCCAGACUCGGCAGUACAAAGCUCUGAGGAACCACCUGCUGGAGACCACUCCCAAGUCUGAACACAAAGUGGUGCUGAAACGGCUCAAAGACGAGCAGACCAGGAAGCUGGCCAUCCUGGCCGAGCAGUACGACCACUCCGUCAACGACAUGCUGUCCACGCAGGCUGUGAGCAAGCUCCGGCUGGAUGAGACGCAGGAGGCGGAACACCAGGGGCUCCGGAUGCAGCUGCAGCAGGAGCUGGAGCUGCUCAACGCCUACCAGAGCAAGAUCAAGAUCCACACGGACAGCCAGCACGAGCGGGAGGUGAAGGAGCUGGAGCAGAGGGUGUCGAUCCGCCGAGCGCUGCUGGAGCAGAGGAUCGAGGAAGAGAUGAUUUCUCUGCAAAACGAGCGCUCCGAGCGCAUCCGGACCCUGUUGGAGCGUCAGGCCCAUGAGAUCGAGGCCUUCGACUCGGAGAGCAUGCGACUGGGCUUCAGCAACAUGGCGCUGACCGGAAUCUCAGCCGAAGCCUUCAACCAGGGCUACCCGACACCCAGCCCGUCCUCGGGCUCCGGCGGCUGGCCUUCCCGUCCCGUCCCGCGCUCAGGCAGCCACUGGAGCCACAGCGUGCAGAACUCGCUGGCCACCCCGUCCUGGCGCAGUCAGAACCACGGUGGUAGCUUCAGUCGGACCGAGUCGAUGGCCUCGGCCCACGGCCUCAUCAGGGACAGCGAGCUAAGUAAGAGCGGCCGUGGCCACGCCCCCUCCUCGUCUUCAUCCCACCACCAUCAUCAUCAUCAUCAUCAUCAACAGCAGCAGCAGCUUUACCAGCACCACCAGAGCACGCCGCAGCUGUACCGUGACGACCGAGACACCAGGGAGCGCGAGCGGGCCCGGGAGUGGCCUGGAGGAGCAGGAGGAGGAGGAGGAGGAGGAGGAGGAGGAGGAGGAGGGGGUCACUACUCCCAUCAUUCCCGAGGCCUCCAGCAGCUCUCCUACCAUUCCUCUUCCCAGUCCCUGGCCGUCCUGCCUCCUGCACCGCCUCCUCCCAUCUCCUUCUCCUGCUCCUCUCCUGCAUCCUCUGCAUCCUCCUCCUCAUCCUCACAAGGCGGAUACGGGGUCGGGGGCCUGAGCGUCAGGGGCCCUGGCAUGGCCCUCAGGAACAGCCCCCAGCCACUGAGGAGGACAGCCUCUGGAGGCCCGGCGGGGAGCGGCGGGAGCGACGGUGGGCUCAGCAGGAGCACAUCUGUCACCUCCCACAUCUCCAACGGAUCAAACCUCUCCUUCUCCUGAAACCAUCCCAGUUCUCCUCUUAUCUGAUCGUCAAGCUUCAUCCUGCUUCUCCGAUGAAAACUAACCAGGGGACCAUCAAAGAGCUGUGAGGAACACCAUGGAGCUCCAAGCUACUCUGAAGAAGACUAUGGAGUUCUGAGAAGCACCAUGGGACUUAAAGACGGUCCACAGAAUACCAUGGAGCUCUGAGGAACACCAUAGAGCUCCAAGGUGUGCUGAGGAACACCAGUGACCUCUGAGCUGCUCCAAGGAAUAACCCAGUUCUUUCAGAGUGGUCCAAGGAGGUCCAAACUGAUGCGAGAAAAUACCCCUGAACUGUGAGGAACACCACAGAGAUCCAACCUGCUCUAAAGAAGACAAUAAGCUCCUUGCCACCACGAAAACCCACAGGGCUCUGAGGAACACCACAGAGAUCUAACAGCUCUUCACGUGGAGCUCUGAGAAGCAUCAUGGAGAUCCUAGCUGCUCUGAGAUGGUCCAGGCUGCUUGAGCCAACACCAGAGGCAGGAUGACGACUACCUCUCAGGGAGGGGAGACCUUCUUCAACUCGACCUCAAUUAAUCGGAUGGAAAAGCGUAGAUGACCUUUCAUCAGAACCAAAGGACAGAUUCGGUCCUUUGAGUCUCUUCGGAGCAAAAUCCCAGAGGUGCACAGAAGUCGUGGCAUCAUCAGGAACCUGAACGAGUCGUGUUGCAGAACCAACAAGUGGAUCAGUGGCGUCUCCUCCAUGGAGGUUCCCAAUUAAUCCACCUGUUGGUUCUGACCCGUUGAAUUGCACAGAGAUGAAGGUUGGACUUGGUUUGAGCUUCAGGUUUCAGUUUGUGUUGGACUGAGCAUCAGAUGUGGAGCUUCCACUUUAAAACCUUUGUAAAUACAAGCAAUGUUUCCUGCCUCCAGCAGGGGGCAGCCGUGUCUUUACAACACUGCCGUCUUUAGUUUGGGUUGACCCAGAACAAUCCUGCUCAGAUCGGUCAUCCAGUUCCAGUCUGCAGAUUUCCUCGUUUCUGGUCUUCAGUCAGAACAUUUUUAAUGAUCCCUAUGGAAGCAGCUGCAGCUUUUAGGCUCUUGGAGAAAUGUUCUCCUUCCAGCAACCUUCAGAUGUUCACAGAGUCCCAGCAGCUGGACUUUGUUUUAUUCCCAGGAUUGUAGAAAGUCUGACGGAAACGGAUCAGAUGCAAAAACAUAAAAUAGGACAUUGGCGCCACCUGCUGUUUCUGUGAUGAAAGUUUCGUAGUAGCAGUGGAACCGACAGCUGCAGUUAUUUCUGCAGACGACCCAGCUCCACUACAUGCUGGUUUUUACACUAAUGGUCCUGACACUCAUUUCUAAUUGCUCCAGUCAUUGAGAAUUGGGCCUCUUUUACACCACUUUUUAAAUCUCACAUUAAGGUUUCCACUUUUUGUCCAGAUUAGCAGAUCAGUCCGUUUUCUUUUGCUUCAGAUCAGCUGCAGUUAUUCUGCUGAGAUUCUGUCUUUAACUGACAGAAAACACAGAUCUUAGCUCCUCUCAGUGCAGUUCAGCAAGGAAAAUGUAUCCUCUGGAUUAAAUCACCACCAUUCAGGCCAGAUUAACCCGUUUAAACCAGAGUUUUGUUGAUCUAACUCAUUCAGAACCAGUUUCAGAACUCACUGCUGUAAACACUAAUAUGAAGCUGUUUCAGGGCAGCAUGUUUCCAGCCUUUCUCCGUAACAUCUGACUGAGGAACCAACAAACAAGAAAAUCCUGCAGAACUGUCCUCCAAUCAGAUGCUGUGUGUGUGUGUGUGUGUGUGUGUGUGUGUGUGUGGUGGGGGGGGGGUUCGACGCAGCACCGCCAGCUCAGCGGAACGAACACGUUUGUCUGCAUCUGUAGAUGAGAUGUUCGUAUGUUACAGACUCAGUGCAUGGAAACGGUGUACAGAUAAUAAACGUGCACACUACCUAUUUAUAGAGCUGUGACACCUGUGCAGGUGUGGCAGGUGUCACUGUCCAACACUUUGACCUGCGUUCUACUUAGCGUUGUACAUAGAAGCACUAACUUUAAGACUGUGUUAGAGUAAUAAUGAUUAUUUUGUCACGUGACUUAAGCCAAUUUGUACUAGAUGCAGACAAACUGAGGCCAUCCUUAUUACUACUGCUGCAGGUGGAAUAUUUAUGUUAAGAUGUUAUUGCCUAUUUUGACCACUAGGUGGAAAAUGAGCGCAAUGUUACUGUGAUAGAGCUAUAAGAAUUUAAAUGUUUUUCAAGAGGACUACCUUUCCCAGCAUUCCCUGUGAGGUCUCAGGGCGGGGUCUCCAGCUGUGGGCGGGGCUGCGAUGAUCUACUUUUACUUGUUGGUUUUGAGCCAGUAUUAAAGCGUGGGGCGUCCCCAGGAAAACCCAGUUACACGCAGACUUUUAGAUGAUUUCA